UAGGUUCAGUGUUCGUUCAUCCGUUGGCUUGGCGCUUCAAACGGCAAUGUCGUUUAUCAGCCGUAACGUUUCUCAAAUAGCCGCACUUCGCUCGGCUCCCAGUACUAGUAGUGGCCGCGAAUCAAUGAACGGAUCAUCGUACAGUCCCAUGUCGCCCGGCCGGCAGCCGGAAGAUCAGCAGACGCUGUUCCCGACGAUUACCGGCGACAUUACGACGAUUGCCUUCGAACGAGUGAAUACCACCUUCGCUUCGUGGAUUCAGUUGAUCUUUUCGAUGAUCCUGACCAUGACGGGGUUCAUAUUUGCCUAUCAUGGUUGCUAUAGCGGUAAUGAAUGCCCUGGCUACUAUAUGAUGUUGUACUUGCGGGCGUUUUUCUGGGUGGCCACUUAUAUUAUCCAUCUCUUCAUGAAGAGUAGACACAAUCGGUUGAAGCUUCUCGGUUACCAUAAAUUCCUUCGGAUAACCCAUCGUCAAAAGAAGGCUCCCCUGCAGCUUGUGUCGCUGUCCAAUCUGUUAAUUCUAACCAUCCAUACGAUUGUUCUGGAAUGCUACGGGUCCAACUUCAUCAACGAUUGUUACGUAAAAGGGUUCUCGUUGAACCUCUUCCUCAGUAUAUGGUGUCUUGUCGAGUGUAUGAUCCUGACCUACAUUCAUAUUACAUAUUUCGUUAAGGUACGUGUCUUCAACACCAUGCGAAGUCCACCAGAUGCUCUGACUGGCAGCGCAUCAGCCGAAUUACGGCGCAGUGCUCCGCACGGAGUAAGCCCUGAAGAGUUCAUAAACCAGCAAUUUCUGAUGAUUGUCAAAAUGAUGGACGAAAAUCGCCACCUACAGGACAAAAUCCGAGAGGUUCGCGCCGCAGCUCAUCUGAUCAACAGUGAAUCGACUCAUCUCUCUCUGGCGGAGCAGUCCUUGAUAGGAUUCUGAAGCCUGCUUGGAUCAUUUAGUGUUUGUGUUUUGCCCUGAUUCGUUAAUAAAAUUCAGAAUUUCUUUUUGUUCAGUGUUCGAUUGAUGCAACACGCCUACUAUGAUUCGGACGGCACGCGUUGUUUAUUGUUUUACACAGACAUAAAUAUUG